GAUUAGAGCACCAAAUUGCAAAAGUGGGUGGCUAUCCUUGGGAUAAGGUUUUUUCAUAUUCAUCAUGUCUUGCGCAUAUUAUGCACUUCUCAUUACCCUUUUGGACCAUGAUGACAUUUAAGAUUUAGUUUGGGUAUUGGAUUUUUCUAUUGAAUCUGACCUUCCAGAAUUUUUGAGCAUUGCGUCAAUUUGUUUCUCUAUCAAAUUUGUGCGAUUUGUCAAAUUCUUUAUUUGAUUGGCUUGGCUGACUUGUCUAUGUUCAAACAUUGACAUGUGACAUUGAUUUCUUCUCCUGCAUUUCAAUUAUGAAUCAAAAGAAAAUGUCUUUGUUUGAUCUACGACAAUUAAUGAAUAGUAAUUGGUGCUCUAAACCAAAGUGCAAAUGCACAAAGUGUAACUUGGUUCCUGGAGUUGCAAAACUUUUUGUUGGAGUGUUAGACUAAUUUGAUUGCUUGUAGGUAGAAUUCCAUAAUUGCAGCAAGUUUCUUUGGAUAGUGAGUGUUUGACCUCUUGCUUGAAACUUCACUACAAUAUGGUAAGUUGAAACAAUUAUCUUGAAAGUGUUCAAGUGAGGUUGGCCAAAGGUGCAUUAUAGGUGGUAGGAGCAUCGACUAUGAUGAAGUUGACCAUUACAGCCCACAUGCCUCCCUCGCCCAAAGUUGUUGGUAAUAUGAUCUAGCUUCGUUCUUAAUAUGCUCUUUAGAAAAUGUAAAUGACUCAACAAUUAGUGCAACAUGAAUGAAUAUUGAAAACACAUUGAAAUAUAAUAUUUACAGAAUUCUCCAUGUCGAUUGAAAUAAUCUCAAUUUGAUAGUUGGUGAUAAGGGUAGUAAUGAUAGCAUCGCAAGGAUUCCCGAUUUGUGAUUGGUCUGCAUUAGUGAUGGUGAUGAGCUCCUUGAAAGAUGAUGAACUUGAGGUUUCUUACCUUGACACCUUAACCCCGGAUUCAUCAAGCAUCAUUAAGAUUAUCCUUGUAAUAUGAAUCAUUUGUGUGUAUUAGGAUUGUUGUUCUUUUCCUAAAUAGGUGCCUGGUUUAGAUGUAUGGUGUCAAUGAGAACCAAUUCUAUGAGCUUAUCGGUGCUUACCAAUUCUUUAAUGUGACUACGAAGGUGGUAAGGAUAGUCCAUACAUAGCUGUGAUCUUUAUAGAAGACAAAAUAGGUUGAUGGUUCACGAGCAUAUAAUGUAGUUCGCCUCAAUGGAAAGCAUAAAAAUUUCUUAUACAUUCUUCUAGAAAUGAGGUGACUUGUCCCUUGUUCGGGGUCAUAAGAUAUUAUUCCCUUAUCUUGCUUUUCGGGCCGAUACCCUCUACAAAGUUUUUGCGGCUUCGGAUAACGAUGUGAUUUAUUCCGCUGAACUCAAGGAUGCUAAUGAUAAUCUUUGAAGAGCCCAAUAUAGAAGGUGUUAAAGCUGAAGUCACAUAGUUAUACUCAUUGAUGUGGCUAUUGACCAACUCUAGCAAUUCAAUCAAGGAUUUGGCUAUCGCAAGCUAAAAGAGGUCCUUUGCAAAUGCCAUUAGUAAGCGAUGUUUGAGUGAUGACGAGUUUUAGGGCUUGUACAUCUAACAUCUCACACUAUAACCGAGUGACAAAAUGGCUUAGUGACUCCUUCGACUUCUGUCUCAUAUUCAAGGGAGCUAAGGAGUUCUUCAUCAGCUUUUAGGCACUAGAGAAUUGAGUGAUAAACAAUAAAUUUAAGUCAACAAAGGAGGUGAUGAUUUCUAGAAGAAGGUAGGAGAACCACAAUAGAUGUUCCUCCUUGCAUGUAGUAAAGAGCAUACCACAUUUCAUCAUGUUACUGAUUGUGAGAAGAUAAAUUGUUGACUUAGUGAAUGAUGUGAUUGGUGGGAUCCAACUUCCUUUUAUAUUUGUCCAACAUUGACAUCUUGAAUUUUGGUGUUGGAUAAGUCUCUGCAGUUUAGAUUAAAAAAGCAUUUUUCGGUUGAGCUUCAAGUUUUGUAGGGUGACAAGAGGAGUCUCAGUUGUAUUAUGAUUUGGAAAAUAAUGCUCAUUAUCAUGUGAUGGUGUUGGAGUAGCAACUCAUAGUAUAAUGACAUUGGUGCUUAUGAGAGACAAUAGAUUACCUCCCUUCAGGGAAUCGUCUUGCCAAAAGCGCUCGAAAAUAUUUUUGAUUAUCUUUGUUAGAUGAUCCUCUUUGUUGUAGGCCAAAGUUACUAUAUUCAUUUGCUGCUUACUAUGUAGAAACUUUUUAUGAUUAUUGGGGCGAUCCUUGUUUUGAAUAUUGGUUUUUUACAUGAUUCAUACUUCAUUGCACCAAAGAAGAUAUUGGAUCCAAAGUUAUUUGUGGAAGGACUCUAAGCCCUUGUUAAAGAAAUGAAUCAUGCCUAAAAUGCAAGAAGAGAGAAAUAGUCUCAAAUGAAUAUCUUAGGGGUGGUUUGGUUGCAAGUAUUUCAAAUAUAUGUGCAUUUUAAAUUUAUUGUAAAUUAAAUUCAUUAUAAUUUAUUUUUUAAGAUUUUUGGUUGGUUGUAAAAUAAGUCCAUUAAAUCAUUUUUUUUUUUCGUUUUUGGUUGGGUGAAAAGGAAAUACAUUAUUUUAGUGUGGGGGUCAGGGACGGCACGAGGUCGUGCUGGGUGGGAUCGACGAUGGUGAGGUCAAUGAUGAUGAGAUAAGGGUUGGCAACCGUCAUAUAAGGCUGGAUUGGCGACGACGAGUUCGCAGAAGAUGAGAUUAGGACUUUAAGACGAUUCAUGUUCUAAUAAUGGUUUGAUUAAUUUCACCUGAUCAAAUAUGGGCUUAAACAUAUAUGGCAGGAGGUUGAACGGAUGCGAGGGGAAAGAAAUAUAGUUGCUAACAAGAUGAAGGGAAGACUGGAUCCUUCUGUGCGUCAGGCUCUUGUAGAGGAAGGGAAGAAUCUAAAAGAAGCCCUCGCUGCUUUAGAAGAGGAUCUAGUAGUGCUUACUGAUAAGCUUCAACUAGAAGCACAAUGCAUACCAAACAUUACUCAUCCUGAUGUUCCAACAGGGGGCGAGGAGAACUCUGUUGUGAGACAUAUGGUUGGAAACCCUCCAGAGUUUAAAUUUACAGCUAAAGAUCACAUACAGCUAGGAAAAGAACUUGAUUUAUUUGAUUUUGACUCUGCAGCUGAGGUAAGUGGAGCGAAGUUUUACUAUCUAAAAAAUGAGGCCGUUUUAUUAGAAAUGGCUCUUAUCAACUGGGCGAUAUCUGAAGUUUCUAGUAGGGGUUUCACGCCUCUAAUUACUCCGGAGAUUGUAAGAUCUUCUGUUGUUGAGAAGUGUGGGUUCCAACCUCGUGGGGACAAUACACAGGUUUAUUCUAUUGAAGACAGUAACCAAUGCCUCAUUGGAACUGCAGAAAUUCCUGUUGGGGGCAUUCAUAUGGACUCUAUAAUUCCGGAUUCUUCAUUGCCUCUGAAAUAUGUGGCCUAUUCUCAUUGUUUUAGAACUGAAGCGGGUGCUGCAGGAUCUGCAACCAGGGGACUCUAUCGAGUACACCAGUUCAGCAAGGUAGAAAUGUUCGUAUUUUGUCGACCAAAUGAGAGUAACUUAUAUCACGAAGAACUUGUCAAAAUCGAAGAAGAUCUCUUUGCAUCCCUUGGUCUUCAUUUCAAGACACUGGAUAUGGCUACAAGUGACUUGGGUGCACCAGCCUAUCGCAAGUUUGAUGUGGAGGCGUGGAUGCCUGGCCUGGAAAGAUAUGGAGAGAUAUCCAGUGCAUCAAAUUGUACAGACUAUCAAAGCAGGAGAUUGGGCAUUCGGUACCGCCCAGCUCCAUCUGAUCCAUCAAUGGCUGCUCCAAAGAAGGGGAAGGGAGGGGCUUCUUCAUCUCCGACUCAAUUUGUGCACACACUGAAUGCCACUGCUUGUGCUGUUCCCCGCAUGAUUAUAUGCUUGUUGGAGAAUUUUCAGCAAGAAGAUGGCUCUGUUAUUAUUCCUGAGAAGCUGAGGCCUUUCAUGGGAGGUCUUUGUACAAUUUCUCCCAAAUUGAAGAGCUGACGCUCUGAACUUUGAAGAUGAAGCAGCUCCAUCGGAUCUUAAUUGGUUGUGUGAGGUGGCACUAUUCUUUGCAAAAAAUGGUUUUCUUGUUCUAUAAGGAGUGGGGGUCAUUGCGUA